AGACAAAUAGAAGCGGAGGAAAUUGAAGGAUGGACUGGCGAAAGGGGGUUGAAAUGUUUUGAACUGCUGUGAUGCUGCUGUCGCGCUCUCCGGUGCGCCUCAAAUCUGUAUGGAGCAUCAGGAGUGGGCACAACUGGUGUCCUUUCAUAUUCACAGCAGCAACCAGUAGGCUUUGAGCAUCAGGUGACAGCACCCAUACUUAUUCCUUUUUUUUAUCACAUAGGUGCUGCACACUUCACUUUUACCACAGGAGAGGAAAAAGAGGAGCCACCUCCACGAGUAACUAUGGCCACAGAAUCCGCGCCCUGACGCGCUCUGGCGCCUGCAUGUUGGACCGGUGCUUGUGUGGACUAGUAUGAAGCGCCAUGGCUUGGUGUGACCGCGGGGUUCAAACGCUACUGGCCACAGUGGGGGCUUUCGCUGCCUUCAGUCUGAUGACCAUCGCCAUUGGCACGGACUACUGGCUCUAUUCGAGGGCAUACAUCUGCAACGGCACCAAUGCCACCACAGACGAGAACCAGUCGCAGCCCAAAACUAAAAAGGGUGAUCUCACCCAUUCUGGGCUGUGGAGAAUUUGUUGUAUUGAAGGCAUCAAUCAAGGCAGCUGUUACAGAAUCAACCAUUUCCCUGAUGACAACGACUACGACACAGACAGCUCAGAAUACUUGCUGCGUAUAGUUCGUGCCUCCAGCGUGUUCCCCAUUCUCAGUACUGUCCUGCUGAUGCUCGGUGGGUUGUGCGUCGGGGUUGGCCGAGUCUACAACAAGACGAACAACGCCCUCCUCAGCGCAGGCAUUCUCUUCGUGGCUGCAGGUCUGAGCAACAUCAUCGGGAUCAUCGUCUAUAUCUCCAGUAACGCAGGAGACCCGAAUGAUAAGCGCGACGAUGACAAGAAGUACACCUACUCCUACGGCUGGUCCUUCUACUUCGGCGCCCUCUCCUUCAUUGUGGCCGAAACUGUGGCCGUCCUCGCCAUCAACAUCUACAUCGAGAAAAACAAGGAGGUUCGCUGGAAGGCGAGGCGCGAGUUCAUCCGUUCCCUCUCCUCAUCUUCCCCGUAUUCGAGGAUACCGAGCUUCCGCUACCGCCGGCGGACGUCGCAAGCCAGCUCUCAUUCCACGGAGGCUUCCCGGGAGAACUCGCCGGUGGUUGGUCUGAAGGGGGCGCCAUCUUCCAGUGGGCCCCUGGAUGAGUUGUCCAUGUAUGCCAUGGCAAGGGACAGUGUGGCAGAGAACACGUACAGCCCUGAACAUGAGUCGGCAGCUGAGUUCCUUCAGGUCCAUAACUGUUUCCCCAAUGACUUAAAGGAUGGGGUGAACCGCAGGACCACACCGGUGUGAGUUGAAUAUUGCUGAGCUCAAGGUUCACCUGGAGGAAUAUGGACAUGAAAUAAUGUAAAGUCUUGUGAUAACUUGCCAUCUUAGAGAGACACUGUCCAUUUUGAAAGGACCGAAAGGAGACAAGAGGACAGUCAUCUGGAUAGAGAACAAGCCAGACUCAUUUAUCUACUCUCAGAGAUCACAGUAAAAUUACUACUGUCUGUGCCGUAGCCAUUAGUGUCGUCUUUUAACUGUGCAGAAAUGCUUCAAUGAGCAGUGUGUUGAUCAUAACCUUUCGUCGGUGCAACGGUCGCCGCACUUCAUGACUGGAGACAGAAGCGUUGACAGUCGGCAGUAUUCUACCUGUAAAUUACUGAACAAGGUGCUAAAUCAAAUCAACAUUUACAAGUUCAAUUUGUGCGUGAUGUCGCAGUGUGGACCUCUCUCCAAAGUGUGUGAAGUGGCCUCAUGUUUGGUUUUGCCUUAUGCCGUAAUGACGGAUUUAAAAGAGACGAUGGGCUCUGUCUUCAAAUAAUGUGAAGCAUUUAAACGUCAAAUUUUAAAUCUCAUUUCAGUGUCUUCACAAAACGUUCGACUUGCUGAGUUGUAUUAUACUGAAUGUUUAGUAGUCUAGCAGAUUGCGCAAGUCGAUCGUCCAAUCCUCCAAACAAUAUGAAAGGUUUCGUCUCCCCCACUGUCUCUUCCUUGAUCCUCUUCUCCUUUGAUUCCUUUGUCUGAGUGGAACAAAAUGCUGUUUUUGCCAGUGGAACACCUUUGUUUAGUGGUCUUUCUUUUUUUUGAUCAGUCUGCCAUCCUUCCAUCGCACCUCCUUAUGGGUGUGACAUUGUGUAUUUUGCCUGUCACAAGAGAAGAGCAGCUGACAAAAAAAAAGAAUGAAAGAAAGAAAUGGUGCGCCCAGCACUGUGAAAAAAAGGCAGGUCAGGACUUCCUUCUCGCUCUGAAUGGAGUCUUGGCUUCCAGUGUUUAAUAGAUAAGCAUCAGAGCCAGGGAGAGAAUACAGACCAUGUCUGUCUGUCUGUCUGUCUGUCUGUCUGUCUGUCUGUCUGUCACACAGGCUGUGAGUCCGUCUGGCAGCUUUGUCCCCUCUUCCACAACGAACAGAGGGGCCCAGACAGGAGCUGUCUGGAGUUGAGCCUCUGAAGGAUUUGGCUCUUUCAGACGCGUAUGUGUGUGUGUUUUUGUGCAGCCAUCUUUCUGAGGACCAGUUGUGACACCAUCAAAGUGAGGACAUAUGUACAAAGUGAAGACAUUUUGCCCUGGCCUCACUUUUUUACAAGGCUAUUUGAAGAUUAAGACUUGGUUUUAGGGUAAAGGUUACAAUUAGGUUAUGGUUAGGAUUCGGGUAAGGUUUAGUUGGGAUGGUAAGGGUUACGAGGUAGGUACCUCACAAAGAUAGCCAUACAAACAUAUGUGUUUGCGUGUGUGUGUGUCUGUGUGUGUGUUUAUUAUCGAGCUGCGCAUCCAUCACCGCUCUGUCUUUUAGUUCUCUCAGGAAAUACAGCGUUGUUGUGGCAGGCUGAACUCUUUUGAGGUCCUCUCCUCGCUUUUGUGGCAUUUACAGGAGAUUGACCAGUGAUGAAGCAAAACCGGGUGAAAAUGAUUUGAGGAUCAAACAAAAUGACUGUGUUCAGUAAACAGUGCAAGUGUUUACUUGCUCUAAGAACCACCUGGUGUGCAUUUCCUCCAGGGGAGAUCUCACUCGAGCACAGGAUAGGGUUGUCUUAAAUGAGUCUGAUACUCCAUUAGAAAAACACUAUGUAUCUAGCUCAGCACAUUUAAAGGAAAGCCAUCAGUAUGACCCACUCUGAUCUUUUAUAUUAGUGUUUGUUUGUAAUGUAUAGCUGUACAAUUGUAUAUAUACAUAUAUAUAGGUACAAUAAAAACAUAAAAAAUAAAAAAAAACACUGAAUGUGCAAAGACAUGAACAGAGAAUUCAAAGCAUUAUUCUACUGAGCCAUAUCUCAAUAAUAAUGCCUUGAUGAAUCUCAAUUCAACUUUUUAUAUCCAGGUAAUCACACGCUGGUUUUUCUGUGCCAAAAAAAAAAAAGAUUAAUCUAUUAAAUAUUCUGUUUUGUAAGGUGAAGUACAGUAAAUACAUUUGUGUAUGUGGCAGUUCUAGUUCUACUUUACCAGAUGUGCAUACAUUGAUUUAUGGCUUUUUGUCGUAAUAUGGACGUUUUUGUUUUUCAUCCAGAACUUGACUACAAACAUUUGCACAUGGAUGUUCCGAACUGGAAACCGAGGCGCAUUUCAUUGUAAAGUCCUCUUCUUUGCUGGAGUGUGUUCAAGAUCAAACGUGUCCAAAUAUCAUCACUAUUGUUUCAGUGCCUUUGUUCUGUCCUAUGGUCUACUGUAACCUCUGAUCAAAAAGAGCUUUUUGACUGAAUUUACUUCUCUCUUUAUCCAGUUUCAGGCAGUACUUCAAAACACAUUGUACGGCGACAAAUAAAACACAAUCUGGGUUAUACUGUU